ACAAAUAUGGUUUAUUUACAACCUGAGUGUAGAUGGGGUACAGAAUUUACAGCAUCCUCACCUCAGGAGCAUCUAGUCCUUCCCCAUCACCUGGCAUUGCAUUCAGAGCCAUCCUAUGUGCAAUCUCUUUGUUUCUGCUUCUUGCCUCCACAGCAGCUCGUUGAAUUCUGCCCCACUCUUUCCCAGCAAACUUUAAAUUUUCUAAAGGCACAAAUUUUCCUGUGACAUCAUGCCCCCGUCACCUUGGCAACCUGCCAAUUCUCCUGUCUCUGACCACUCCUUGGAGUGGGAGGGGGCUGAAGGACAGUUCUUUUGCAUUGCCAACAACCCUUAAUGGCGCAUCACCUGGUUCCCCAUGGUUCCUUAAUGGCUCUGCACUUAGCUAGCCCAGCCAUGCUGUUUUGCAUAAGCUAACCCAUUAAUUCCUUCUCUGCCACAGUUCUGCAGCUUGUACUUUCCCUUCAUAUCCCCAAAAUUAGCUGAAUACUACUGUUCAUUGGUUUCUAAUAUUCACUGACCGACUCUGGUAUCCCAGCUGUGGCAACACAAAUGAUGUAGAAAAAUGAUGGCGAAAAGGAGGAGGGGAAAGUCCACAGUUCCCUAACACCUACUUGAUAUUCCAGGGAAUUAACACAAUGUGCGCGAUUUCCCCCCUCCUACUUGGGAAAUAGUAUUUUGGAAUUUCCUGCACCUACCACUCCUCAGGAAUUUUGUCAGUGAAUGGUGAUGUCACAAAAAGGAUCUAUUCCCUCUUCUGUUUGGCUGCACAUACAUCCCUAUAUUAAUUAACCAGCACUCAAACAAUGCUAUAAAAUCAGCUAACUAGAGUAGGUAAGAGGGAAAUCCCCAUAAUUGCAAAGCGGAAGAAACGCCCUUAGGUGAACUGCCAGAGAUCUCGAGCAGGUGUUAUAAAUAAGCUGACUGAAGCUAGUUCACUCACAUCUGAAGAGUCAAAUUCUUUUGAUGCACAUAAGCAGCAGCGUGAUCAUGAUGAUUGGCUUCAACAUGAAGAAUGUGCCCUUAGCUGUUCUGGUGGGUCUGCUGCUACUCUUGGGAAUGUGUGAAGCCCAAAGCAACCAAGAUUGCUGUCUCACUUAUACCAAGAGGCCUAUUCCUCACCGGAUUAUCAAAGGAUUCACAGAACAGCUUUCCAGUGAAGUCUGUGACAUCAAUGCUGUCAUAUUUCACACUAAGGGUGGCUUGAAAGCUUGCGCAAAUCCCAGAGAACCUUGGGUGAAGAAACAGCUCCGCUUGUUGAGUAAAAGACUCAAUAAGCUGUCACACUUUACUUUUUGAAAUGAAGCAAGAGGCAGAGCCUGGU